AUUUUAGUUUACAAAACAAACACAACGCCUUAACGCAACGCAACAAUCAACAGGAAGGAAUGGAGUCCGAGUCGAACUGCAAAAACCUACCCACCCUCCUAUCUUCCUUCGUCGACACUUUCGUCGACUUCUGCGUCACCGGCGGCCUCUUCCUCCCACCCGAACCCUCUCCACCACCUCUCCAAACCACCUUCCCCACACCCCACCGCCUCAUCGCCAUCGGCGACCUCCAUGGCGACCUCAACAAAUCCAAACAAUCCCUCCGCCUCGCCGGCUUAAUCGACUCCACCGACCGCUGGUCCGGCGGCUCCACCACCCUCGUCCAGGUCGGUGACGUCCUCGACCGAGGCGGCCAGGAGUUAAAAAUAUUAUACUUCUUAGAGAAGCUCAAAUGCCAGGCUGCCAUGGCCGGUGGUAAUAUCAUUACCAUGAAUGGGAAUCAUGAGAUCAUGAAUGUGGAUGGAGAUUUUAGAUAUGUUACCCCAUCUGGCCUUCUUGAGUUUAAGAAUUGGGCUUAUUGGUUUUCUGUUGGGAAUCGGAUGAAAAGUUUGUGUGAUGGCUUGGAACUGGACAAAGAUUUGUAUGACGGGGUGCCAUUCAGUUUUCCAGGCGUCAAACAUGAGUAUGUUGAUGGGUUUAGAGCCAGGAUUGCUGCAUUGAGGCCCAACGGGCCCAUAGCCAGGAGGUUUUUGUCGAAGAAUUUGACUGUGGUUGUGGUGGGGGAGAAUGUGUUUGUUCAUGGUGGGAUGUUGCCGCGGCAUGUGGUUUAUGGGUUGGAGCGGAUUAAUGAAGAGGUUAGGGAUUGGAUUAGUGGGGUGAAGGAGAGGGUGGCUUCCAGUUUGGUUAGGGGGAGGAAUUCGCUUGUUUGGUUGAGGAUAUUUUCGAAUGAGGUGGUGAAAGAUUGUGACUGUGGUACGCUUGAACAUGUGCUUUCGACAAUCCCAGGUGCUAGGAGGAUGAUCAUGGGGCAUACUAUUCAAGAGCAAGGCAUAAACGGCGUGUGUGAAAAUCGGGCUCUUAGAAUCGAUGUGGGUAUGUCUAAAGGGUGCAUAAAUGGGUUGCCUGAGGUUCUAGAGAUUAGUGACGGGUCAGGGGUGAGAAUCCUGACGUCGAACCCUAUGAAUAUGUAUAACAAUGUUGAUUUGUUGACGGCCCCAGUCCCGGUCCCUAUCCCUGUACCUGAACAAGUGCAAGUGGAGGCUUAGAUUGUAGUAAUCAUUAUUUAUGCUCAGACAUUGAGGGGAUGGAGAUUAUUGUUCUGCAUUGGAUUCAACUUUUCAAUCACUUUGUUUUGAGUCAAUAUCUGUCUGUUUGGGAUGAUGAUUUUGUCACCAAAAAACAAAAUUUCAUAGCUAAGGUAACUAGCUUUUAUAGACAACAUUAAAGCUUGUCAUUAUUAAGACUCUAGUUAUGUGGUUUAAAGCUUCAAACAACAUUAUGCAUCAACUUUGAUCUUUGCCUUUUA